GGCAGGUGGCCUAGAAUAUAUAACAGGAAGACAAGAACUUCAAUGGGUGCAGAGGAGCAGAUACCAGUCAGUGGUGGCAAUCCUCUGCUGCGCAUCGUAGGCUGAACACCCAUGGGAUGCACUCACUGGGAGAUGAAAUCAAAGGUUUCUCAAAAAACAGACUCAAGAAACAAUGUACGAGAGUGACAACCUUAUCCGGGAAGAGGAUUAUAGAGACCUGGAAAGAUUCUCUAGUGCAUGUGGUGGAUGAUCCCAAUCAGCAGGAUGGACCAGCCUGUGGAUACGUGCAGGACCUCAGCCUGGACCUACAGAUUGGGGUUAUCAAGCCAUGGCUUCUACUUGGAGCACAAGAUGUUGCCCAGGACCAUGAUGUACUGAAAAAGUAUAAGGUCACACACGUCUUGAACGUGGCAUAUGGAGUAGAAAAUGUUUUUCCAGAUGAAUUCACCUAUAAGAAACUUUCCAUCCUUGAUCUUCCAGAGACUGAUAUAACAUCUUAUUUCCCAGAAUGCUUUGAUUUCAUAGAGGAGGCAAAGCUACAGAAUGGUGUGGUGCUUGUCCACUGUAAUGCAGGAGUGUCUCGUGCACCGGCAAUAAUCAUUGGUUAUUUGAUGUACAGCGAAAAACUUAAUUUCGCCAGAGCUUUUUCAAUAGUAAAAAAUGCAAGACCCGCAGUGUGUCCGAAUUCUGGGUUCAUGGAACAGCUCCACAAGUACCAAGACGACAGUAGAAGACAAACAGAUGGAAUCCAUGAAAAAAAUGACUGACAUACAUUGGGAUGAUUUCAAUUUAGCCGUGUUUGUGUCCUAUCUGUAGUUACGCUGUUUUUUUGUGUUUUUUUUUUUAAAUAAAGAUGUGUGUAGUACA